UUGAUUAGUCAUUGUCGCCCCUUCACACGACUCAAAACACGACCGGACGACGGACAAAGGGCCGCAUCGCCGAAACUCGACUUCCUACAAACAAUUUCUGCAUAUUCAUUGAUGCCCUAAUUAGGGCAAACGCUGGGGGACUGAUCAGUAUACAUCCCUACGAGAUCGCAAACCGCGGCACACAAGGACAGUAAUCGAUACAAAACUUACGUCGGUCACCGUACAACGCAAGGACUCGGUCUUACAGCUGCGCACGCUCCAGUCACGCUCAAGUCGUCCCAACACGUCCGCAGCGGCGGCCAAGAAAACUUGCCAGAUUCCUUGAGACUUUUCGUAGCCAGGCGUGCCCGGAUUGUCCAGUUGACGGCGGGACAUCGCUACGAGCCCGACUGGGGAAGUUGUUGGCCAUUUUGUAGUCGCUGUGCUCGGUGAAGCGGACUGGCCCGACCGGGAUCGCGUUACAGUCGAGAAGAGGUUUUCACAAGUGUUACUGUGUGUUGUGGGAGAGGGCUGAGCCGCGGGACGGAGUGACUGUGUAUAACGUGCGACGGCGGGGGCACCGGGAGUAAAUAUGGCCCAGCAGCAGCAGUUCGCGUACAAUCCUGUGAGGCCAGGCGGGGGGAGAGUGGGCAUGCAGCCGGGCGGGUACGUGCAGCACCCUGCCCGGGGACAGAUGCACGCCAUGCCGCCGGGACAGCAGCAGCAGCCCGGCCGACCCAUGCAGGCCAUGCAACGUCCCCCCAACCGACCCCUACAGCAGCAACAACAACGCCAGCAGCAACCCCCACGACAGGGAACGGUCAUGCACUACGGUCAGGGGAUGCAGCCCCACCCCACGGGCAUGCAGCCCCACCCCACGGGUCGCCAGGGGAUCCGGCCGAGCUACGUCCCCCAACAACAACCCAUGCCCCAGCAGCAGGGACAGCACAGCAUACAGAUCCAGCGCGUGCCGAACACCCUGCACAUGCAGCCCGGCCUGAGCAUGGCUAACACCCGCAGGUUGUCUCACGACCCCGAGUCACCCACAACACGAGACAUCCCCUCACCGCAUCUCAGAGGAGGCUUCCCUCCGUCUUCCCCCUCCUUAGCCGACCUGGGGCACAUAGACUUGAACAACAGACCGCCUCAAGUGCUAGGGGACCACAACAUGCCUGUGUCAAGACCACAGAUGAUGCCUCACCAAGACAUGCCCGUGAACCGUGGGAACAUCAUGAGGACAAAUAUGAAUGAUUUUCAUAACAUAAACCCAAAACUACAGCAGGACAACAACGGGAUGUUACUCCGGGUGGACACCAACGGGCUCCACCGGGUCGCACCAGGCAACGGCUACGGGAUGCACAUGAACGGCGACCCGAGGAGCAAAGCACAAGUGCCCCCCUUCCUCCACGGGCUCUCGGACUUGGACAUGAUCGACGAGGACAUCCUAGCCCGGUUGAUUAUAGAGUUGGGGUUGGACAGAAUGCGGGAACUUCCCGAGCUUUGGUUGUCACACAACGAACUGGAGAUGGACAUCUGCAGACAGGUGCCUCCACAGAGAGCUGUCAGAUGCUGACACCUUAGACUCUGGAAAAUGGACAAAAAUAAGAUGUUUAAAGUUGUGGGGCAGCGGGUUAGAAACACGAACAGAUCCUCCUGACCCGCCCCAGGCCAGGAUUGUGUCUGAGGUAUGUUGUAUUAAGACUGGUGACAGAGUCAGCUUUUGUUCCUUAAAAUAUUUCUCUUUGUGGGGAAACCUUUUCUGUCCAGUGGUCGCCCUGUGUCAGCUGUUCGCUAUUGUUCAAGUGAAACGGAUGGUAGGGGUCGGCCUAGAUUUCAAGAGUAAGACUCGCACGAUUUAGUAAGUUUCUAAAGGAACUCCUUGUUUCUUAAUUCCCACAAACAAAAGACUCAAGAUGCCGGGUAUGUAUGAAAGGAAGUCAUUGCUGCUACAGUCUCAGUUUCAGUGCCACCAGGGUUUGUUUACGUCUAGUUGCAUGUGGAUAUGACCUCAUGAUCGGUGGCACUUCGCCAAAAUUGAAACCACAGCCAGAAUUGACCCUGAGCUACCAAGACAAGACCUGCUAAUGUGUUACCUAGUUAGAGAGAGUCCGCUAGUUUAUAUUCGUGAGGAGUGUAGCUAGGUUUAGGUAUGAUUUUCGUGUGCUGUAGUUUAAAGAAGUGGAACAAAAGAUCAGGUCAGGUGGUGUAGGGGUCAGAGCAGACAAUAGAGGCAUUGUUCUCCAAUAGACCCUUUCAAUGUCGUCCUUUUGGGACAGAUGGGGGAAGGUCACGUGUCGCCAAGGAACAAAAGGCUCCGUGGAACAAACGGCCACUUUGUAAAGAUUUUUCUGCCAUAAUUUAAUUGUUUGUAUGGAAGUUUUCUUUAGUAAUGUGAAUAUAAACAUUGUAUUCUUUAGUUUCUUUACUUUUUCUGCAGUGACGCAAAGCUGCGCCCUUGAACAAUUCCAUUUAGAUAAGAAUAAUAAUAUAAAUUUGUGGUAUGUAAUUGUAAAAAGCCUUCCAUGGUGAACAGAAACGUGAAUACAAACACAAUAUUUAUUCUUCCACAUCCUCAUAAGCUGUGAAAAAAAUUGAGAAAGCCAUGCAUUACAUGUAUUUUCGAAAAAUUCCUUCCUCGGAUAAGAAUAAUAAAUGUUAGAAUUUGUGGUAUGUAAAAACACUGGUUUGCUACAAACAGAGUACAGAUAUCCCUUUCAUAUCCUGUUAGCAAAUAUGGCUUAAUGUUAUUGAAUUAUUGAAGCACAAAUGACUGUAUGUCCUUACAACAAAUAAUGCCCUCGCAGGAAUUGGUUAUGGUGUUGUUUCACAGUGUAAGUUAUUCAGGUUGCACUUUGGGGAGAUGACUUAAUAUGUAACUCCCACAUGCUGUUCUUUGUCAACAGAAAUUGGUUAUGUUGAUGGAACAGAAUUGUACAGUUCAUGUGCCGUAAUGACAUCAUUACGCCCCCACCCACCCACCAAACCUGCUAUAUUUUUACUCCCUAUUUAAUGUGUCUAAAUUAUUGGAGAAGGCAGCUAGUUUGGAGUGGGGGUAGUUUUGGGGGAAUCUGUGUGUACAGUUCUAAGAGUUGUUAUUCUGUGUAAAUCCCCCCUUGGAACAGGAUGCACAUGUUUGAAUAAGGGGAUUAUUCGCCCAGCAUUGUUACGAGUGAUGAUCGUUUUUCGCACAAACACGGAACGUGAGAAUCGUCGCACAACAAGCGACGCUACUGGAAGCCACUCGAUAAUUUAUUGGCAGGCAGAUUCUCCUCCUAUCUGUGCCUUGUGUAAUAUUCAUAGUCCUGGACUUGUACAUGUGAUCAUGUAUGAAUAAAUCAUCCACUCCAAACAAGGGUUAAAAUUGUGGAUUAGGUAGAGGAAAAUGCCUACAACUCUCCUGGUAUGAUCCACUGUGUAGAGACAAAUCUUAUAACAACUCUAUGAAGGAGACUGCCUUAUCCAGGUUUAACACUACCUAAAGACGCCAUCUGGACUACAGUCCUGGAUGGAAGCACACUGCAUAGCAUUCCUAAAAUAACACGGACGCGAUUUUAAGUAGACAUUUUGUGUGUUUUAGAACAUCCUUUCUCUGAUGGAACAGUUAAAUGGGUGCCAUGGGCCUGUAGUGGGUCAUGCAUAAUGCAUCGCCAAGAAAACCAGUGUAAAAAUGUGUGAAUUUUUCAUUGUCAGAUCUUGUUUUCCCAGCUGUGCUCAUGUUAUAUUUUGGCAGGUCGCCAACGCAAGGCGACAAAAGUCACAUGUGAUCGAGACUUGUGAGAGAUUUUUGAGGAAUGGAAACAGUUUUUUAUACAGUUGAAUAUUAUUAUUGAUAUCAUGGGAAGGAGAAGCAGAUCUUGCGAUUUUGAAAAUGAUGACAGAGAAUUCAUUUUGUACAAUAAAGCAGUACAAUCAGUGAA